UUGAGCUUUGGAGAUGUCAGCAUUCGGGUGAAUAAGUCGAUAACAAUGCGUUCUUUUCUGGUUUUGUCUUUGGCGUUCGCAGUUGCCUUGGCGGCUGAUGAAUUUGUGAGCACAACCGUUCAACCGGUAAGCCGUGCCACAGCUUCAGCCUCCGCGACCACCUUCAAUCCUUACAACUACUACACCAACCGGUACAACCCCAUCGUGCCAGCACCAGUCAACCCAGUGUUCGGUCGCUACCAGCCACAGUACCAACCAGGACAGUACCAAGCAGGACAGUACCAAGCAGGACAGUACCAACCAGGACAAUACCAACCAGGACAAUACCAACCAGGACAAUACCAGCCAGGACAGUACAACGCAGGCCAAUACAACGCAGGCCAAUACACCGCAGGCAACGACAAUUCUGGAAAAUACGUGCCAGACAACUCUGGUUCUUACAAUGGUGACCGUGGUGACCGAGGUGUAGCUGGUGGUUUCUACACUCCAACCUCCGACAACAGCGGUGCUAACGUCGCUAACAAGGAACAAGUUAUCCCACCCAAGCCCGAGAACAUCCCAACAUCUGCUGUCACCAUCAACAAAGAACCUGAAGUAGUGAAGACUGAGGCCGUCGUACCUACAUUCGCUCCCAUCCCAACCACAUUUGCUCCAGUGACCACCGCCGUCCCGGUAACAACACCAGUGCCUGUAACCUCUUUUGUCUCAUCAUCUACAUUCGCACCAGUGACCACAUUCGAACCAGUGACCAAAGCUGCCCCGGUGGCCACAUUUGCCCCAGCGACCAACGCUUCCCCAGUUACCACAUUUGUUCCAGUUACCACCUCUGCUCCAGUCACUCCCGCUGCUACAGUAUCCACUUUUGCCCCAAUCUACGUCAGCUCAACCUUCAAGCCCAUCUACAAACCAUACGUGCCACCUACUCCAUCACCAGUAGCACCAGUAGCACCAGUUGUAACCAAGUUUGUCACCAACCAAUACCAACCCAACCAAUACGAUUCUUCUGCUUACAACUACGGCAUCGUCCGCCAGGAAUCAGAUGUCCUCCCCGACGGCUACCACUACCUCUAUGAGACGCAGAAUGGAAUCCUUGCUGAGGAAGACGGUCGCUUGGAGAAGAUCAACGACUUCCAAGGAAUCAGAGCCAGAGGUUUCUACGAAUUUGUUGCCCCCGAUGGCAUCAAAUACAGAGUAGACUACAUCGCUGACGAAAAUGGCUUCCAACCAACUGGCACUCACAUACCCCAGUAAAUCUAUAAUAUAUAGUAAAAUCUAUAGUCUUAUUGCGAUAUACCUUGUACCUUAUAGAUAUUAUUAGUACCUACAUACUUACAAGGGCAUUAAUGAUUGUGAUAUAAUAAAUGUUAUAACCCUGUUUUAAA